AUGAUGGCUGCAGCCCGAAAAGCAUUGCCAGUGGCAACGACCACAACAACAGUGGCAGCAGGGACGACACAUCAACAUCAACAUCAACAGCAACAUCAUCAUGAGAAACCAAUACCACCACCAAUCAAACCUAGACAGCGACCAAUGUCCGCGCCAAUCAACGAGGGAGUAGCAAUUACCUCAUCAACCGAACAAUCGCCAUCAUCAUCCGAACAAUCACCAACCUCCUCCAGUCCACCCAGAUUCCGUCUUCCAUCCAAGUCCAACUCCAGUCAAUUCUCCACCGUCUACGAUAAAUCAAACUUGGGACUCAAGACAAUUGAUGAGGAUGAUAUGCUACACAGACCAAAUUUACAAAAGGUUAUACUGUCAAAGAACAAUCUUGAAUCGGUGCCAACUAGAAUAUGUGAGCUGGGAUCGAUUAGCUCGCUGGACCUGUCUUACAACAGACUGACACACUUGCCAGUGUCCCUGGCCAGCAUGCCAGAGCUCAAUACCUUGCUACUGGCUGGCAAUCAAUUCCUUGUGGCAGCAACGUCCACAGAGGACAGCGAAGACGAUCACAUUGACGACCAACUUCAACAACAACAGCAUGUAAAUACAACAACACACAAUAGGAUCAACUUUGGUGGCAACAGCAGUGGCAAUGUAAAUGUCAAUGUCAAUGUCAAUGGCGUGGUCGACCUAAGCACACUUAAGAACUCAUCAUUCUCUGACUUGUCGUCGGAGAAGACUACUCCACGAUCACCAAAGGAUGAUAAGGAGCCUUUGUCAUUCAUUGCAAUGUCCACAGACACGUCGGACUUGAUGGACGAUGGAUUCAACUCGGUGGUGGGACAACAACACGUGGACACGAGUCCAGUGAACAGUGAGCCAAUCCCAAGCGAACUAAGUUAUCUCAAGUCAUUGCGUGUGUUGGACCUGUCGUCCAACAUCGCCCCGGGAUGGUGCGGGCCAACAUACCUGCCGCCAAGCAUCUUCUGGUUCGGCCAGAUCACAACACUGCUGGUAACACACGCACAGCUCAAGGCAAUCCCCGCGGAUAUCCACCACCUCUGUUCACUCACACACUUGGACCUCAGCAACAACCUCAUCGACUACCUCCCAACCGAGGUUGGCCUGCUCGCCAAUCUCCAACAGCUAUCAGUGCGCGACAAUAAGCUGGAUGCGUUACCUUUGGAUCUUGGACGACUGACCAAACUCACGCAUCUGGACGUCUCAAAGAACGCCCUGGCCGACCUUCCCGCCGAGCUGAGCAAGCUUGUCGCGCUCGAGAUCCUGGACAUCUCAUUCAAUCAACUGGCGAAGCUGCCCGAGCAGCUGUUCCAGGAGCGUCAGGGCCUCGUCUCGCUCAAGGACUUUAGGAUGCGACGAAACAACAUCGAGCGCCUGCCGCCAAUGUUCUUCCGAACCCGUUGUCGCUUCGAGCAUCUUGAUCUCUCUGAGAAUGGUCUGAGCGACCUCCCGCCAAUCCCCUCCGCCGACGACGGCGAGUCGCUCAGCGGGCUGUCCACACUCAUUCUCUUUAGCAACAGACUCACAUCACUCCCGCGCCCACUCCUCCAGACGUCGCUCACAAUGCUCAAUGCCUCGGGCAACAACAUCACUUCUGUGCCGCCAACAUUAUGGAUCGACACACCUGCGCUGUCCCAUCUUCUGCUUGGAUACAACAAACUCAAGACACUACCAUUGCCCUCUUCGCCAUUCUAUAACCUGGAAGAGCUGUACCUCAAUGGCAACGACCAUAUUGGGUUCCGCGACACAUCAGACAACGUGUGCUUCCCAUCCCUAAGUAAUGUUGGCCUGGCCUCGUGCAUGUUGAAGGCGAUCCCCGACUUUUUGUACCGCUGCGAGCUGAUCGAUCAGAUCGACCUUUCGUACAACGAGCUGACCAGCAUCGAUGACCGCCUGGUCGACUCGUUCGAGAACCUCUCCGUCCUGUUGUUGUCGCACAACAAGCUCACGCAACUCCCCAACGAGUUGGAACAACUCAAACAUCUCAUCAUGUUGGACGUGUCGUUCAACUGCAUCACGACCAUCCCACACGACCUGUUCUCCCACACAAGCAGUCGCAGCAAUCAACUGCACCUUACGCACCAUCACAACGACAGUGACUUGUCUGCCACGUUUGGCGAGUCGUGCGACACCUGGUACGACAGCGACCGCUUCGCCAUCUCAAUGGCCGAGACGAUGGGCCGCCGCCCCACCAUGGAGGACGCGUUCACCAUCCGUGGCAACAUGGCCGCAACGGGCAGCGCCAACAAGACCGACCUUAUCGCCAUGUUUGACGGACACGCGGGCGCCAUGGCCGCCACCUACAGCUGCAAGUGGCUGCCCAAGAUCGUCAAGUCACUGAUCGACAAGUAUCCCUCGCUGCCGCCACUCCAGUGGAUCCGUCAGGCAUACUCCGAGAUCAACGCACACUUUAAGAACUACAUCGCCACCAACACUGACCGGCCCGAAUUGCGCUUCUGUGGUGCGACCGCGGCCACUGUGUUGCUCCACAACAAUCAUUGCUACGUGUCCAACAUUGGCGACAGCCGCGUGGUCCUUUGUCGUGGCGGCCAGGCCCAGCGUCUAUCUUUCGAUCACAAACCGAAUGAUCCGCAUGAGGAGGAUCGCAUACGCAAGCUUGGUGGGUUCGUCGUGUCCAACCAGCAUACGGCGCGUGUCAAUGGCGUGCUGGCAGUGUCGCGCUCCAUUGGCGACUUCUACAUGGAGCCAUUCGUAAUCUCCGACCCAUACCUCUCAAUCACUCAACUUCAGCCCGAUGACCAAUUCCUCAUAAUAGCAUGCGAUGGCAUAUGGGAUGAGAUCGAGGAUCAGACUGCCUGUGAGGUGGUCCUUGGUGCGCCAUCGUUGGCACAUGCCGCAUCACGACUACGCGACUAUGCAUACUUUAAAGGUUCAGACGACAACAUAACAGUGAUCGUCGUGGACCUCAGACCGACCCAGAGUACGAGCUAG